CCAUCUAGUGUCGUAAGGCGUGUGUAGAGCGUUUGUAAAUCAGUGGUGUGACCAUGUCUGAAACUGCGCCCGCUGUUGCAGUGACAGCAGCUGCUGUUGCACCAACAGCUCCUCUUCCAGCUUCAAAGGCUCCAGCUAAAAAACCGAAGAAGGCGGCAGGAGGACUCAAAGCUCGGAAGGCCGCGGGUCCCAGCGUGACCGAGCUGAUCACCAAGGCGGUGUCCGCUUCCAAGGAGCGCAAAGGGGUCUCGUUGGCUGCUCUUAAGAAGGUUCUGGGCUCCGGAGGGUACGAUGUGGAGAAGAACAACAGCCGCAUCAAGCUGGGGCUUAAGAGUCUGGUGAACAAGGGCAUCUUAGUUCAUACUAAGGGUGUCGGUGCCUCGGGCUCCUUUAAGCUCAGCAAAAAGCCGGGUGAGACCAAGGAAAAGGCGCCCAAGAAAAAGCCAGCGGCAAAGCCUAAGAAACCAGCUGCCAAGAAACCCGCCAGCGCCGCCAAGAAACCCAAAAAGACCGCGGCCGUGAAAAAGAGUCCGAAAAAAGCCAAGAAACCAGCAGGUGCAGCAGCCAAGAAAACGGCCAAGAGCCCGAAAAAGGUGAAACCUGCCGCCAAGCCUAAGAAGGCAGCUAAGAGCCCGGCUAAGGCCAAAGCGGUGAAGCCUAAAGCGGCCAAGCCCAAGCCGACGAAACCCAAAACAGUGAAGGCUAAAAGGGGCGCGCCUAAGAAGAAGUGAAAUGACUAUAAAGAAAACGACAAGGAAUUUAGAAGAUGAAACUACAA